UUACCAAUUCAAAAACAGUCUAAAACUUCUUUUGAAUUAAUGUUGUCAUGUAGAGUGUUUUUAUGUUAUAUAUUUUAUCUUUAUUUUAAAGAUAAUUAUGGGCUUUUUAUCAUCUAUAAAAAAGACGUGGAAAUCAGUUCGUACAUGGACAUGGCAUCAUGCAGCUGUAUUUAUUAUGACAUUUUUGUCAUAUGCAUUUUUUCAUGCGUGUCGUAAAUCCUUUAGUAACAUUAAGAAUACAUGGGAUAAAUCCUUUAGCCCUCAAAAUAAUACUUGCCCAAUGUUUCCGAAAGAUGUUUGGCAAAAAGAGCAAAUAUUUGGUACUGUCAAAGAUGCGAAUGUUUUCCUUGGUGAACUGGAUUCUCUUUUCUUGAUUGCCUAUGCAAUUGGUUUGUUUUUUAGUGGUAUGAUAGGUGAUCGAGUCAACUUACGAUACAUGCUCGCUUUUGGUAUGUGCAGUUCCGCCAUCCUAACUUUUUUGUUUGGUUAUAUAAGUGAGGUUAUACAUAUGGAAAACUUAUUUUACUAUCGUUGUAUAUACUUCCUUAAUGGACUAUGUCAAUCAACUGGAUGGCCUGCUUCAGUUGCCAUUAUGGGUAACUGGUUUAGCAAAUCAUCUGGCGGUCUCGUCUUUGGCUUCUGGAGUGGAAAUGCUUCCUUUGGUAAUAUUAUUGGUUCAUUAGUUGUAUCAGCUGUCUUAAGUUAUGGUUAUGAGUAUGGCAUGUUACUGAACAGUGUGUUGCUAUUUUGUGGUGGUGUUAUUAUAUUUUUUUGUUUGAUUGUACAUCCUCAAGAUGUUGGGUUAGAAGGUCCAGAACACAAAGACAAUACUGUCAAAGUUAUUUCACAAAGUGAAGAUCACGUCGUUAAGGCAGGAAAAGCUAUUGGAUUCUUUGAAGCUUUCUUACUUCCUGGCGUUUUGCCAUAUGCUUUGUCAUAUGCCUGUUUAAAGCUAGUCAACUACGCCUUUUUCUUUUGGUUACCGACGUACUUAACACAAGGUUUAGGAUGGAGUGACACACUUAGUGAUGAGCUAUCAAACUUCUAUGAUUUAGGAGGUAUUUUUGGUGGCAUAUUGGCAGGAAUUGUAACUGAUCUGAUGGGAAUACGUUCUCCAAUGGUAUCACUAAUGUUGUUCCUCUCCAUGGGAUCUAUGUACCUUUAUGCCAGUAUAGGAUCAACUAAGGCCAUCAAUACUUUAGUGAUGGUAUUAACUGGGUUUUUACUUGGUGGUCCUGCAAAUACAAUCAGCACAGCGAUAACUGCGGAUCUUGGUAAACAUGAGAAAAUUAAAGGUAGUGCUGAAGCCUUAGCAACUGUAACUGGUAUCAUCGAUGGCACAGGUUCUGCAGGAGCUGCAAUUGGUCAGUAUCUUGUUGGUGUUAUUGAUAAUAAUUUGAGUUGGCACUAUGUGUUUUACUUUUUGAUUGUAAUGACUGGACUUAGCUUAAUCUGCAUUAUUCCAAUGAAUAUCAAAGAUUUAAAAAACUUUCAAGAUCGAAGAAGGGCACAAAAUUAUCAAAGGAUUCCAGCUAAUGAAGUGGAGUAAAUUGAGUAAUAGAUAUAUAAAUAAAAAUACGAAUUAUUCCUAAUUUCUAAAUCUCAGUAUGUUUUUUUUUUAAAUUUUAUUUCUCUCACCUGUAACUUAAUUUUGUGUAAUAGAAGUAAGUGUUUGCGAAAAAAAAUGUUUUCGGUUUUAGGUAAAUUCACAUCAGAUUAUUUCUGCAAAUAGUUCCAAAUAGAAAUGGACUCUGAAAAAAUCACUGCUAUAAUACAAAAUUCAUAGAAAGUCAUAAAAACUAGUUGGAAUACAUGUCUGCAAGGACUGUAAGACCUUUAACUAUCUAUAAACGAAAAUAUAGAUAACACAUGAAAAAUAAACAAUAUAGCUCAUAUACCAUCAACCGCAAACAUUUCGCGAACAUUUUCUUCCUGUAAUAUACAUUUUAGGGACUAAAAUUGUAGGGUUUUGGGAUUGCAACUUUAUUUGUCUUUUUCAGUUUUACCUCCUAUUUUUUUUCUCUUUUUUCCUAAUCAUGGAAAUACGCAUUUCUUUGUUUCACUUGAAUGAUUUAAUUUCCGCAUAUUAUAAAAAAAUGUACAUUUCUAAUAUAUCUUAGUCUAAUUUGCAUUAAAAGACUUUGUAAACAAUCCUAUUUUUAAAAUGCUAGAUAAUUUGGCAGUGGCGAAUCCUUGGUAGGUAAUAAAAAAACAAUUUGCCUGCUGAAGUCCUCCAAUAAACGCCCCCAAUUCUAAACGCUUCCUCAAAUACAUGACUCUCCCCUAAAAAGCAAAAUAUUUAAUCAACGCCCACUCUAAUAGCAAUAGCCCCCCCCUUUAAAAGGGGCGUUUAAUAGAGAAAUUUUACCAGAUGUUCUUUUUAUAGGUAAAGACAAACGACAAUUGUUUAGCUAAGUCAUUCUCGCUCAAGUUAUAAGGUUUUUAUUUUCGCUUUUCAAUGACCGUGGUAUUAAUAAAAUUGCCUAGGUUAGCAUUUACAAACGAUAUAAUAAAUUCGAGAAAUCCAAUAACGGGACAUAUCUAACUAAGUCACUUGUCUUUUUUUGCAUACAAAAACGGUUUUAUUGAUAUCUAGAGAACCUUUUUAGGCAAAAAGUACUUGCAUAAAAACAAAAAACGCACUCUCUAAUAAACGCCCAUCUGGAAGCUGAAAAAUUUAAAAAACCGGUCUGGGCGUUUAUUACAGGAUUUACGGUUGUUGCGCCCAUUUGCAUAAAAUGUAUUUUUUAUUUGAAUGUAUUUUUGUGUCGUUGAUCGAUGAUCUUGCGAAAGCUUGAGAACCGUUUAUAAUAGACAAAAUUGUACAAAAAAUUUUAAUAAAGGAAAAACAACUUAUUUUUUAAUUUUAAUAAAGUCAACAUAUGGAAUUAUUUUUCUCAACCUUUUUGCUGUUUUUAAAUUUUAGAUUUAUGAUAUUUUUUAUUAUUUUUCAAUUUAUUAUAAUAAAUUAGAAUGGUUGUAAAAUUUCAGGUCAGUAUUUUACUCUUCGAUUUAAAACAAAGUGCAAAAUGAAUACCAUAGCUGGUCAAUUUUCCGUAUUUUAUUUCAUCAAAUUUUUGAUAGGUUGUCAAAUAUCGUAUCUAUUUUUGUUAAAAAAAAUUAAGACUAAUCUACAAAGCAUAUUUUCACUUCUAGAACGGAACAGUCUUUCUAAAUGAAAAUGUAUUUAAAAGGUGUAAAAAUAACAAAGAUAAUUAGCAGUAUAAACCAAUCAAUUUGCAGUAUUUUUUCUCUUCUAUUUCUGAGUGGAAGGCUUUUUUAAGUAAUAUAUUAAUAUAUGCAUAUAAGAUUAUGUACGAAAGAAUAAUUUAUGCAACGUAAACAUAACGCAAGGCACAAUUGUUAGUAUUUGUAUGAAGAUUAAACAUGCUGCUUUUCUUACUUUCUUUAUACAACAUAUUGCUCUAUAAACUUUU